AUGAGCCGCCCGUUCAGCAAUGUCGUGAUCGUCGGAGCUGGCCCCUCUGGCCUACUUCUCGCCCUGCUCCUGUCCAAGCAUGGCAUUCCGGUUCACAUCCUAGAGGCUCAGGACCACCUCGAUCAGCAACCGCGCGCCGCCCACUACGGUCCCGCAGCCAUACCCGAUCUCAAGCGAGCAGGGGUUCUGGACGAGAUUCGACGUCGCGGCAUGACGGUGAACAAGUUUGUAUGGCGUCGACUUGACGACCACAGCCUCAUCACCGGGUUCGAUUCGGGAGUGCUACGCGAUGCCAACGGCGAAGACCUGCGGACUACGUGUCUCGCACUGCAGGAACUCGACCAGGUCAUGCUCGACGAGUUCUUGGAGAAGUACAACGGAACCAUCAGCUGGGAACACCGUGUGGUUGGCCUCGGACAGGAAGAAACCCGCGCCUGGGUCGACGUCGAAACUCCCGAGGGGAAGAAGCGGAUCGAGGCCGACUACAUUGUCGGAUGCGACGGCGCCAACAGCGCCGUUCGAAAGGGGCUUUUCGGCGACGAGUACCCGGGCUGGACGUGGGAUCAGCAAAUCGUCGCGACGAACACGUACUACGAUUUUGCCGGAAAGUUUGGAUUCGACGACGCCAACUUCAUCAUCCAUCCCGAGCACUUCUUCAUGGCGGCCAAGAUUACCAACGACGGCCUGUACCGCGUGACCUAUGGCGAGGAGUCGAACCUCUCACACGAGGAAUUGAAGGCGCGCCAGCGGGAGAAGUUCAAGACGAUGUUGCCGGGACACCCCGAGCCUGACGAGUACAACGUGGUCAACUUUGCCCCGUACAAGAUGCACCAGCGGUGUGCCCCGCAGUUCCGCGUCGGUCGGUUCAUGCUGGCGGCCGACGCGGCGCACUUGUGUAACCCCUGGGGCGGUCUGGGAAUCACGGGCGGGUUCGUCGACGUCGGCGGCUUGUACGACUGCCUCGCGGGGAUCUGGGACGGAGUGGCGAAUGAGAGCAUACUCGAUCUGUACAGCGAGAAGAGGAGGGACAAGUGGAGGACGAUUAUUGACCCGAUAUCGCAGGAGAACUUUCGGAGGGUAUCGGAUGCGGACCCGGCCACGAGGCUGGAGAGGGAUGGGUUCAUGCAGAUGUGUGUGCGCGCUGGGAAGGACCCGGUGUUUAUGAGGGAGUUGAUGAUGGGGAGCUUUGAUGUGAGGUAUGAUUUUACGCAGCAUUAUAAGAAGGUGAACGGUCCGUAG